CCCUUCCGAGGGCUGGCGCAGAAAAUGGACUUGUGGUUCGCGGGCUGCGGCAGAGACGCGCCAGGGCUGAGGAGCGGCAGUGUUCAACAGAUGCACGGAAAGACGGCUUCUUUGAAGAGCACGGAGAAACUGGGCAGGGUCCAGAGACCCCGAGGCUCCAGUCUGCACUGGCCAGAAGGCUUGAAGGGCGAAGACAUAAAGAAGUGCAGCCGAGAAGGGACGCUACUGAGAAAAUACAACCAGCAGUAUCACAAGCUGUUUAAGGACAUCCCCUUGGAGGAGGUGGUUCUCAAAGUGUGCUCCUGCGCCCUCCAGAGGGACCUCCUUCUCCAGGGCCGGCUCUACAUCUCCCCCAACUGGCUCUGCUUCCAUGCCAGCCUCUUUGGCAAGGAUAUCAAGGUGGUCAUUCCCGUGGUGUCUGUGCAAAUGAUCAAAAAACACAAGAUGGCGCGGCUCCUUCCCAAUGGCCUGGCCAUCACCACCAACACCAGCCAGAAGUAUGUCUUUGUGUCACUGCUCUCCCGGGACAGUGUAUAUGACAUGCUGAGGAGGGUCUGCACCCACCUACAGCCUUCCAGCAAGAAGAGUCUGAGUGCAAGAGAAUUUCUAGAGGAAGCUGCGUGCGCGUCUCCGGAAGUCCUCAUCCCUGAGAUGAAGUGGAGAAAAGUGUGCCCUGCCUCCAGGUCCCUGUCCCUCCCAGACAACAUCCCUUGUAUCCCUCGGGCAUCCAUGGACUCCACGGAUGACUUCUUCCCCUCCAGGAAGCCUGUGGGGUCUGAGAAUGCAGACUGUGAGGAGGAGAAGCUGGAGGAGGAGCCCAAGAGCAACAGGGAGCUGAGGCUCUGGGAUCACGGGCUCCUGAAGGUCUUCUUCGUGCUGAUCUGCUUCUUGGUCAUGUCUUCGUCGUACCUGGCGUUCCGCAUCUCCCGGCUAGAACAGCAGUUAUGCUCCCUGAAUUGGGGCAGCUCAGUCCCUGGGCACAGGUGAUGCCCUUUCUCUUUCUCAUGCUUCUGGGAUUGAGGGUUAGGGACAGCAGCCAAAACCUAUGGCCAGGCUGCUUGUUAGUCUGGCUGGUCUUGGCCUUGCCCUUGAGCUGGCUUGAUGGCCCUCAGCAAGGUUGGGCAGGGUACACAGAUCCCACCUGGACCCCCUCUCAUGGGUGGACAGAGUCUUCACUGACUCAUCUGUCUGCCUUCUAGGCCCUUUGUCUGACAUGGUCAUCUCUUCUGUGUGCAGGUAACAGCCACUUGGUCUUUGUCCCCACUCCUCCAAGAAGAAUGCUCUGGGUGCUAAGGUGCCACCAACAAUCCCCUUGGUUUAUGCUGCUGCUGUGCUGAGACUGAGUCUGAAAGAAAAUAUUCCAGAUCCCUCCUCCUCCCCCCAACUCUUCUCCCUCCUUUAAUGAGUGAUCUUUAGUACCUGUUUACAAAGCUCCUACAAUUUUGGGACUCAGACAAAAAGCCAGAUUUUUGGAUCUAGCUGAGGAAUUCUCUACACUAAGCCUCAGCAACCACUUAAAUGAAAAAAAAUUUUUAACUUGUUCCUUGGAAACAGCUCUGACACACAGGAAGAGCACUUGGGGUCACUGCAAGGGACAAAGGCCAUGCUUUGAUACCUGUCACUUGGCUCACUCCAGUGGUGGGACAGAGGCCAGAACCCAAACCACCAGUGUGGGCUCUGCUCUCUCCCAGCAUACUGUGCUCUCACUUGGACACCUGAGAGUCCCUGUUUUGGGGCCCAAAGGACUUCUCUGCAGUCAGCCAGGGACCCAUGCAGGGCAGACUGGAGGGAGUGAGGUAAGCUAUGAAUGAGGAGAGGAGGGAGGGCCUGUGGCCAGGAUUCCAGCAAGAGGAGUGUUCACGCUCUGUGCAGAGGCUCUGUUCUGGCCCCUCAUGAGGAGGCUGGCUGAAUCUGAGAGGACACUACCUGCAGCAGGGGACUGUGGCAGUGGCUGUGAAGGAGAAUAGAGGUCCAGCAUUCUGUGUCCUCAGCUGCUUUUUCCUGGUGAGACAGGUGGAGCAGGGCCUUUUGAUCACUGUGGUCGCAGACCAGGUACUGGAUCUUUCCCUGGUGUGCUCAAACAUUUCCAAGGUGCCCCAGGUGGGAAGUGGGGGAUGGGAAGGGCAGUGGCUUUGAUCUGAGGUCUUGCUUUGUACUCUCUGCCUGACUGCCUGGAUUUUGGGUGUGGCCAAUGGCAGCCUGUCGAGCUUGGCUGGGCACUGGGCACGAUGGUGCUGGGCCACCACAGGGCAGAGCUCACCAUGUCACCUGCAGGCCAUGCAGGAGGGUCCUCCACUCCACGGGCUCUGUUCUCCAUGAGUGUAAUGGAGGUGUCCAAGGUGGGCCUGGGACAGUGCAGGGACCAGGCCAAGGGGGUCUGUCUGAUACCUUUGGGGACAAGAGAGGUAGAGGAUAGCAAGAGUGGACAUGGUAGUGGCUUUGCCUUAGAGAUUCUUCCUUCUCUGUCAAGGUCUCCUCAAUUCUAAAAGCUUCCCUGUGCCUUAAACUCUGGCCUGUUCUCUCUGGGACUCCGAUAUGCUAAGAGAGUGCCUUUGUAGGUUCUGGAAAGGCCUUAGUGAGGAGGCCAGACAUAUCAGGGAAAGUCACUGGUGAUGGGGUGGGUGGUGUCAGAAAGAGCCACUUUUUCCCUCUUCAGACACCUGAGAGGUUAACUAGGGAGAAAUCCAGGUGGAAAUUAUUUACUGUGGAGCUGUGACUGUCUGGCCUAUUUAUGACAAACCCAAAUGAAGACUGGAGGGACUGACAGGAGGUGACAACUUCCUAAACUCAGACUGGAGGUCUCUUCAUUCUCUCCCCAUCCCAGGUUCUAGGAUUUGGCUUAGAGCCUGGCCUUGUGGGAUACCUGCACUAAAUCUGUAUGUCUCAGGUGAAACUCACUGCUCCAUUCUCCCCACAUUGCCACACUGGAUGAAUGCCCGUCCUUUUUUGGGAACCAGCCCCCUUAAUCACUCCUUUCCAUCAGAUUUUCAGGGAACUAAUCCUACUUGCCCCAGCGCCUCCCCUCCCUGGUCCUUGCUGAAGGGCAGGGAGAACAGGUCCAUUCUCUGAGACUUGCUGGGUUGAGCCAGAGGCCAUGAGAGGUGCCAAGUCUCCAGUCUCCAUGCCCCAGGCUCAGAGACGGCAAGAGGCGUGCAGUAGAGUAGGUGGCUUUGGAGGCCCUCUUGGGGUCCAGGGCUUUGAGUGAUAGGAGUGUGUGCCUGUCCCUCUGGAGGGCCCUCUGUUUCUCCCUUCUGUCCUCCAGCCUGGUCCUCUGGCCAGCGUACCUUCUGUUGCGCUCAUUUAUAAACCAUGUGUAUUUAUACAGACCUGCUUGCAUUGGCGGAUGCUCCUCUAAUUCCCUGAGAAUUUGGUUCAACUAUCCUUCAGUUGUUCCACUGUGGCGUUAGCCUUUGAAAAUAUUUUUAAAUAAAAAAUCCGAUUUUUCUAGUGUCCCGUGGUAUGGGAAGUUCACUUUUAUCUUUUGACUGCUCAUUAAAGGUGCUCUUUACUGACAUAUUUGGCACGAAGGAGACUAACGGAGCCAAAGUCAUUCCCAGAAUCCCAAGUACUUUGCACAUCUCGCAGGACUUCAGCUGAGCUGACUCAUACUUCAGGCAUAUGGGGAAUGGUAAGGACGGCCACAGCACACCACCAUAGCCUCCUCCCUCUGUUGGAUGGACACUGAGAAUGCUUCCCUGUUUCUCCUGGGCAACUCCAAAGCA